GAUAAGAUCAAGAAUGUGAGCAGCAUAGAAAGAGUAAAGAGAGGGAAAAUCGCGGGGACCCGAGAAUAAUAAUGCUUAUCUCCGGGUCCAAACUUGAUUUGGAUGAAGCGCCACCGCCGGCAGCCGGGACGGGGACCUCUUUUUCUCUCUGACGCAUUGCUGAUUUUCCUCCCCGCUACCGCCAGGUUCCCCGACGGCUCGUUAUUUAUUAUUACUUCGAGGACUUCAAGAGCUGGACGGGAAAGCUACCUCAGUCUUCAUCCAGGCCAUAAUCUCUUUAUCUAUCUUUCUUUGAAUGAAUGGCAGACUUGGCGACCGACGCAACACCUAGUGGUCGACAUUCAUUUCAAGAGACGAGUACCGCUGGAUUAGGACAGAGCCCGGCAGAGUCAUGGCCAUGGAACCGUGAAGAUACAACGAUGGCGACAACUUCUGGGGCUGUAACAGGCCCUGCUCCAGUCACUGAGCGAAAGGAUGGUGACAUUUCAAUCACACAGCGCAUGGUAUCGGCCACAGGCGGUAGCAUCCUGACUGCUUUACUAGCAACUCCUCUUGACGUCGUCCGUGUCCGACUUCAAUCACAAUCUUCCGUUCAAAAUGCAUCCCCCUACACCUCUCACACAACCCAGACGCUAAAACACUUGCCACCGAAUCUGGGAGUAACUGCUUGUUGCCGCGAAGUGUUCUGGUUCGGUCAAGAUCCUCAAGUGUGUAUGGUAGGUCCAGGCGCCGGGACCAUAGGAAACUCUGCGCCGGCCGUAGCGGACUGUGCAGUCGAAGAAACGCAGCGCAGGACGUUUACCUCCACUUUGGAUGGCCUACGCAAGAUCGCCCGGAAUGAAGGCACGCUGGCACUUUGGCGUGGACUUAGUCCCACAUUGAUGAUGAGCAUUCCUGCCAAUGUCAUCUACUUUGCUGGAUACGAUUGGUUACGCGCCGAUGAAAAAAGUCCCAUCAAACGUUUCUUUCCCGCCGCCUACGCUCCCUUAGUUGCCGGCUCUGUCGCGAGAAUCGCCGCUGCGUCAGCUAUCAGCCCGAUUGAGAUGUUUCGGACGCGUCUGCAGGCCACUCCCGGUACGGGUGCAGGGCAUUUCAAGGCGACGUUGGAGGAUCUGCAUCAAAUGACCCAGGUGCAUGGCUAUAGGGCUCUCUGGCGCGGAUUGACACUCACAAUGUGGCGCGAUGUUCCAUUUUCUGGAUUAUACUGGUGGGGAUACGAGGAAUGCAAACGCUAUCUUCUCGAUCUGCGCAGGGAAGCCUACAACCAUCAUCUCCUGCCUCAUGCUUCGUCCUCGGCUCUUCAGCAUGAUCUAGAUACCCCGACUUUCCUCGAAAGCUUUCUAUCUGGCGCAUUGUCAGGUUCUCUGGCGGCAUUCGUUACCACUCCAUUUGACGUUGGCAAAACGCGCCAGCAGGUGUUCCGACACAUCGGUGAUGGCGGUCCAAGCAGUUUGCGAGGUAGCGUAGCGCCGGAAACACUUCGACCUGAGCAGCUGUCUCUGCCUAAGUUCCUUAUGCACAUCUUCCGUGAAGAAGGCAUGGCAGGCCUUUUCCGCGGUUGGGUUGCGCGUUGCUUGAAAGUGGCGCCUGCUUGUGCUAUCAUGAUUUCCACGUAUGAACUUGGAAAGAAGAUGGCACGGGGCGUUAACGAGAGACGGCAGUUGUCCGAUGAAGCUCAUUCCGACUCCGUAUAACAAAGAUCGGGCGGAAGAAGUCACAUAUACGCUCUACCAGCUUCAAGCAUCUGGUAGCCACCCUUCGCCGAGAAUCGGCCGCUACCCGGGACCAUGGACGUUGAACGGCACUCGGAAAUCAUCUCCUCUGGCCUCUCACGUUGCCACUCCAUAUCAUUUUGCAUCAAUGGCUCCUUCCCAUGUACCAGCAUCAUUGUAUAACUAUUUAUCCAGCGAGCAAUUCGGUUCGUUGAUCGUUCAUCUUUUGAUUAAUGUCUGAUGAUACCGCACCGCAUGUCGCCUUAUAGAGCAUCUAACGUGUACUUUUAUUUCUAGCGUCUUGGGAAAGGGUUUUAUCAAUUGUUCUUGCGAAAAUCAUCGCAGUCCAAAAUGUGUACAUAAUCUUUGGGGAAGUUGGGCUGGAGUACCUUUCUUCUCUGGAUAACAAUAUGGCGAG